AUGCCAGUGCAGGCAACAAUAGCCAAGGUGACCUCGGUCGCCUUGAGAAUAUCCGCGCUCCUGUUCUUCAGAUUUUUCCCGGCCCACUUUCCCUCCAUCACCUUCGCGCUCUUCGUAAUCUACGUUCCCGCCUAUGUCGCCAGCUACAGAACUGUACCGGCUCUUGAAAUCGUUGACGAUGAAGUCGACGUCACUGUGAAGCAGACAACAGUUACAUCGGAAACCCCUUUACUCUCCGAAACUGACCAACCGCCGGAGCCAGAGGUAGUUGCCCAGGAAGUCGAUGUCGACGAGACAAUCGUACUUGAGGAGAAAAUCGAACGGCCUUGGAAGGUGCUUCUUUACGGACAUCCCAGUGCUACUCGACCAAAGUUGUCUAUUCUCACAUUUCUCAUCAACGUUGUUCUUGCACUGUUGACUGCUGAUGCACUGUUCCGCGCGCGGUUGUACUACUCUUCUGAAGACCUCUCGUUCGCUCGUUUAGGAUACCUCUCGCACAGUGAAGCCAACUUCCUCAUCCGCGAGCCAGACCAAGCCAGGAUGCCCGUCACCUUGCAAAUACGAGUCAAGGCUACUGAGCCUUCUGUUCCUGGCUCAGCCUGGUCCCAUGCCGUCGGCAUACAACAGACUACCAAUGAAACUGACUUCACAAAGGCUAUUACCGUCCCUUUGAGGCAUUCUGAGCAACUAUGGUAUGAGUGGAGAACGUCAAACAACCAUUCGGGCAAAUUUCUUAGCCCUCCUAAGCCGGGGAGCAUGCCUACGGUCAAUGAUGGAAAGUUUACGUUUCUCUCAACAUCCUGCAUUCUCCCGCGCUUCCCGUACAAUCCCAUGGAUCAUGCAUUGGCCAUUCCCGGACUCCGCCAUCUGGCGAGGAAGCUUCCCGACAUGGGUGCCCAGUUUAUGCUUUUCUUAGGCGACUUCAUUUAUGUGGAUGUCCCGGAACGUUUCGGCAAGUCAAUCGAGGAAUAUCGCAUGCAGUACCGACAAGUCUACGCGUCGCCUGACUGGGCCCCUGUCGCGCAAAACUUGAGCUGGAUUCAUGUACUUGACGACCACGAAAUUUCCAACGACUGGUCCUCCAACACUACCGGGAUUUACAAUGCUGCCGUUGGUCCGUGGCGAACCUACCAGGCCAGCGUUAAUCCGCCAAAAGCUGUCCAGGCCGGCAGCAGAGACACGCAUCGUCAGGAUGCUACUUGGUACGAGUUUGUCCAAGGACCCGCUAGUUUCUUCAUGCUAGAUACCAGAAGCCACCGGUCCAGCAAUAACGCUCCAUUUGAAGAAGAGGACAAAACCAUGCUGGGUCAAGAUCAGUUGGCUGAUUUUCUGGCCUGGCUUGACCGUCCCGAGCCCAAAGGAGUCAAGUGGAAGUUUGUAGCUUCUUCCGUCCCUUUCACCAAGAACUGGCCCGUAAAUGUCAAGGAUACUUGGGGCGGGUUUUUGGUGGAGCGGCGGAAAAUUCUCAGGGCCAUGUGGAAUGCUGGAACUCGAGGUACGUCCGUCGUUAUCCUCUCUGGGGACCGUCAUGAGUUUGCCGCGACCAAAUUCCCCCCGCCUUCCGAGUCGAAGUGGCCUGAAUCUGCUGCCGUGUACGAGUUCUCCACAAGUCCGUUGAAUCAAUUUGCGUCACCAAUUCCCACGUACAAGCAAGUUGACAGCGAGGACGUCAAGUUGCAGUAA